AGACGGCUGCCACUUGUUUCCUGCAUCGUGUUUUGUAAUCGUGCCUGUGAUCUGAAGGCUCAGACAUUUCACCAAUCCUGGCCACUGUUACAUACAUGCAGACAUACAUACAAAAGGGGACGGGCCGUCUACUUGCGAUCUUCACUGGCAAUGAAUUGCAAGCUGCAGUCUGCUUGGGAGAGGCAGAGUGGAAGGGGCGUGCUGUUGGUGCAGAGCUGUUCUCACAUUACAGUUCAGAGAGGGGAGAAGGUGUGGAGGAGAGGACUAGAUCAUUCGGCUGGGUCCCAAGCAGAAUUGCAAGCGAACAUGGUGAGAGCGAACCUUGUCAACUGAGACGCAGUGCAGACUCUGAAGAUAUUUCCUUCCAACAAAAAGCUUUGAAAAUGGCUGACAAAACAAGACAGACCCUAGCAAACUAUUCGUCGAAUAUGUCAUGCCCGUCAAUUGAUGAUUUCCGGAAUCAAGUCUAUUCUACAGUGUACUCCCUGGUCUUUGUGGUGGGCUUGUCAGGAAAUGCCUUUGCUCUGUUCGUGCUGGUGAAAACAUUCAAGCAGCGAACGGCCUUCAAUGUCUACAUGCUCAACCUGGCAGUGUCGGACCUGUUGUGUGUUUGCACCUUGCCCUUACGUGUGGUUUACUACGCUUUCAAGGGCAGGUGGAUCUUUGGGGACAUUCUGUGCAGAGUCAGUUCUUACUCUCUCUAUGUCAAUCUGUACUGCAGCAUAUUCUUCAUGACUGCCAUGAGUUUCAAUCGUUUCCUGGCCAUUGUGUUCCCUGUGAAGAACCUGAAAAUAGUCAAUGUUAAGAAGGCCAAGAUAGUUUGUGCUGUGAUAUGGAUUUUUGUCACUAUUACCAGCAGCCCGUUCCUUUUGUCAGGCUCUCACAGGGAUGGAAAUAAAACAAAGUGCUUUGAACCACCAGGUGGUAAGCGUAAGGGAGGCCUGAAGAACCUGUUGAUUAUGAACUACCUUUCGCUGGUUUUAGGCUUCAUCCUGCCAUUUCUAGUCAUCCUCGUUUGUUACACAUUCAUUGUGAGGGCCUUAAUGAAAAGCACGGCUGCCAUUCACAAGAAGAAAGUAUCGCGUCAGAGAGCAGUGCAUCUGAUCAUCAUUGUGCUGGUUGCUUUCCUGAUCAGCUUCAUGCCCUACCACAUCCAGCGUACAAUACACCUGCAUUUCCUGCUCCAAAACAACAAGAACUGUGAUGACAUUAUUUACAUGCAAAAGUCCGUCGUGGUAACGCUCUGUCUGGCAGCUACCAACACCUGCUUUGAUCCGCUCUUGUAUUUCUUCUCUGGAGAGAACUUUAGACGGAGACUUACAAGUUCCUUCACUAGAAAAUCAUCCGUAUCCAGCAAUCAGCUGUCGAACAAAAGGAAACGCUCACUAAUGCGUGUUGAACAGGACAAAUCAGAUGAAGAUUCUUUCAGUCCUGCUCGGGCAAAUGGAAACGUCAGCAAGUAAAUCUGACUCUGCUGCCUUUAGGCUAGGAAAGGGGACUGAGCCUUUCAAGCAUGGAAUAUCUUUUGCCAGGGGAGUGUUGCGAUCAUACAAAGCACGUAUGAACCAAAAUUCACGUAAAUGCAGAGAUUCGAUCCACAGAAAACAGAUAUAAAGCACACUUCCUGCUUGUAGAGUUCUUGUAGAUUUUUCAAAACUGUGCUGUAAUUCACCGCAGUGUUCAAAAGAUGGCUGGUAACCAUGGGAAAGAUGUUUUUUAUUUGGUUUGGGUUGGUUUACAAACAUGCGUGUGUUUGUGUGUGUGUGUGUGAAAGGCAUUUGACCAAUGAGUGAAGGUUAUUUUGUGCGACGAUCACUGAUCAAGUUAUGGUAAUUUUGCAAUGGACAUUAUUUGUUUUUGAUUAUGUGACUUGGGUGUCCAUGUUAGGUUAAUGAGCACAGUGUCCAACUACUUCGAUUUUAUUUCUUUGGAAAAAGAUUGAAAGGGGAAAAAAAUCAAUUCUUUAACAUUCUGAGAAGUCUCUAAGAGACUUCAAGCUGCCUGGGAUGUUAAGGACAGAUUACAGGGUAUUUGCUUAAGGUUUACAAACUUUAAGAAAAAAUGACAAGUGCUAGUUCCUGUCAUCUUUGAACUAAGCAACCAAAACCAUUGAAAAAAAACCCAUCAGACUAAAGCUGGGGAGGGCUCCAGUUGACAGCAUGUUUCAACAUUAAUGGGGUUAAUUAUGAAUGAUUGCUUGUCACCAAUGGUUGUCAGAUGGACAUGUUAAAGAUUACGAUUCCAUUCGAGAUCAACAAGUAAAAUCAUUGAGUGGAUACUACACAGAGCAAAAAGUUGCCAAACUGACUCAUUUUCCUAGAUAACAAGGUGUAGAGCUGGAUGAACACAGCAGGCCAAGCAGCAUCUUAGAAGCACAAAAGCUGACGUUUCAGGCCUAGACCCUUCAUCAGAUGUCAGCUUUUGUGCUUCUAAGAUGCUGCUUGGCCUGCUGUGUUCAUCCAGCUCCACACUUCGUUAUAUCGGAUUCUCCAGCAUCUGCAGUUCCCAUUAUCUCUGAUACAAAUCAUUUUCCUGUUGUGUUGAAGUUGCUGAUCUCAGCCAAGGUAGUCCCUGAACGUUAACAAUUGGUAUCAGCUGCCCGUUCAUCAACUUCUGCUGGAAUGUACAUGCUACUUUAAUGCCCCAUAAAAAUUCAGAGCUCUGCUGACACUUGGCUUAAAUAAUAUCCAGCUGGAUGGGUGCUGGAGAACAUCAGUCACCGUUCGGAUGAGCAGGAAAGCAGCAAAACGUGCUCGAGGGAAAAAUGGCUUGACAAAGAAUAGCAGAUAUUAAGAAAAGGGUGUUAAAACUGUUGCCAGAAGAAGUAGCUUUUGAAUUUUCACAUUCUUUGUCCCCCUUCAGUGCUUUCGUGGCAUUUUAAAAACCAAAUUCUAUUUUCGUGAAAUGCAAAAUUCAAAUAUAGAGAUAAUCAAAUGAUAAGUGUAUGACUUCAUCACAAUGUGUGUGGCAAUUUUGUUUCCUUUUCUUAAACAAAACAAAUCUUGUUUAACCAUACAUUCUCGUGAAUAUAUUGUCAACAGAGAGGACAUGAAGUGGAUGUGUGAGUUACUUCCCACAUGUUGUAUUUCACUGGGAAUUUGAGCCGUUGAGUGCAUAUUGAAAUAAAUUUUUCCAAAGCUAAGUCUUUACAGGACAAGGCCACGAUGUGGAGGUGCCGUUGUUGGACUGGAUGGAGAAGGUCAGAAAUCACACAACACCAGGUUAUAGUCCAGGGGGUUUAUUUGAAAACCAAAGUAAGGCUCCAAAAGCUAGAGUUUUCAAAUAAAUCUGUUGGACUGUAACCUGGUGUCGUGUGAUUCCUGAUCUUUUAUACGACAAAACCAAUGGAGACAGUAUAGGGUUGACGAGUUUGGUUUAUUAUAAUGUUUUGAAUCCUUUUAUGUAAUAUUUUUUAGUACGGGUGAAGAUUACUAUUUCUUCAGUAGGACUGAUUUUUUUUUCAGUCUUUUUAACGUGCCUUUGAGUAUUAUGUUGAACAAAGCUGUUUAUCUAUGAAUGGGAGUAGAAAAGAUCAUGAAGCCUACCCCAUCUACACAUGAUGCAGCCCACAUCGAACACCAAGCCAUCCUCCAUCAUGUGGUCACCUACUGAAGCAACCAGUGCCUUUUGUAAGAAACAGUGUCGAAUGUUCCUCUCCAAUAUCUGAAGGAAAUUGAGCAAUGAUCCAGAAGUUACUCAUUAGCGUAGCUCCACUUGCUCACCAAACCUACCGUCUUAACUCAGGCAGCUCUCCCCCUUUCAGGAAUCUACCCAGAUCUUUUCUAAAAACCUGUGAGUAAUGGGAACUAAAUGUUGGGAUUGGUAUUACUUAUCCUUCUGACAGAACUUCUACAAACGAUUAACACAAAUUCAAACCUUCAUUUCCAUAUGAACAUAGUAAACACUAAUUAGGGUGUAGUGAUAUGGUUCCUGUCAGUGGACCAGAUGACCAGGUUCAAGUCCCCCCUGAGAUGGACAUGUGAUAUAGCACGUUCAAACAGAAUGAUUAAAAUAACUAUGAUAAAGCUUCUUUUCGUGCAUGAUAUAAAGAAAUUGAUUUAGGAUCUUGUGGUGCAGAGAUAGGAUUCAAGUCUGACCCGGCCCAGGAUUGCAUCAUAACGUGUCCAAACAUGUUGAUUUAAAUAACUCCACUGUUUCAAUAAGGUAAUAUACCAUGUGAACAAACAGAAAGCCGGUCAGGUUUUGCAAGUGAGAGAAUUAGGCACCGAGAGCUGUUUUAUAAAUGGGCUCACAUUGUCAAAGGCCUCUCAAUUGCAGCCUGCAAGCACUUUCACUCCAGUUCAUGCAGCUAGGAAUCAUAGUCCAACUUACACUUAGCUUUCUUCCUCACUGGCUUGUUUCUUUAAGGUCAUCUGAGAUCAGAGGUUUCGAAAUGAUUAAUACCAGCACUGUUACAUCAUUGUUGAAUAAACCUUAGAGAAAACUCCAAAAUCUGCUGGUAAUUUCAUUUCACCAUUGAAACAAAUCAGUCAGAACAUUGAUUUAUAGAUUAAGUUAAGCCACUCGGGUUAUGAAAAGAAAACAUUUAGGCACUUUUAUCUUAGUGGAACUCACUUUUCAAAAAGAAAAUCACAGUAAUGGAUAUCAAAAAAUGACUGAGGCAACAAAAAUGCACUGACUUAAAUUUAUGUAGCAAGCAAAAUUAAAAUGUUCCAUAAGUAGCUGGUGCAUUUAUGAAUGAAACAGUUAGCCAAUGUGAGUCUGCUAGCCUUCCUAACACUCAUCACAAUGUUAAGUGGAUUCACAGAAUUGGCCACAGAACCAAUGCAACUGAAGUGACACAUGUUUAGGCUUGCUAAAAGAAAUCAUAAUUACUGCCUCCAAAACCCCUCCAUCACGAAUCUGAUGAGAUUGAGUUCAGCUCUGGCUGUCCACCAACGCAAUGGUUUGUCCAUCGGGCAAGUUAGGCUAAAGUUAUCCCUUUCUGGAUGUGGGUAGCUUUGAUUUUUGGGGAAGGGUGAUUCUGGUCAGGGAUUCAACUGGUAGCAUUUACAUUGGGUGAAGCACCAUACAAAGUUCUAGUGGAUUGUUGCUUUAUUUCCAUCAGCACACUUUGCGUUCUUUGUGGUGAUACAUCUGCAUGAAGGUGCGCAACAUAGAUGUGGAAGUGCCGGUGUUGGAGUGAGGUGUACAAAGUCAGAUGUCACAUGACCCCAGGUUAUAGUCCAACAGGUAUAUUUGAAAUCAAACGCUUUUGGAGCACUGAUCCUUUGUCUGACAACUUCACCUGACGAAGGAGCAGUGCUAUGAAAGCUUGUGAUUUUAAAUAAACCUGUUGCACUAUAACCUGAUGUCAUGUGACUUCUGACUAUGUGUAAUAUAGGUAUGCAGAAAAACGUCACUUCAGGUUAACUAUUUACAGAGGAAAUCAUUGGGAAAACUGAAGGCUGAAAGAAGUUAUUACACAAGAAGUUCUUUUUUAAAUAACCAUGUAACAAUUUUUUCUAUUAUGUCACUUUGUAAACCCAGUCGAUAUUUUUGUUCACGUUAUCUUGUGUUAAUAUUAAUUUGAUAUAAUGGUUUUUUUUAUUGGUGCAAUAUUGAAAAAACACCAGCCAUAAUUUUGUUAUGCCGACUUAUGUCAGAUGUUUCUAUUUUUUAUAGUUCUUAAAUGUUCUUUAUAUGUGCACAUUUGUUGUUAUGAAACAGGAAGUAAGUUUCACAAUGUAUCUGUAUUUUACAGUCAGUUACCUUAA